AUGGCCGGGCGCGCAUUCCGAGCUCCAAUCCGCAUUCUUUGGCUCUGUUUCUCGUCCAUCCUACUAUACUACUGCCUCCGAUCGUUCUUCACCUCGAAGGGCCAACAUACAGCAGCGCCUGAUUCGGCGUCCCGUCAACACCUUGUGGUUGCGAGUUUGCGGUCCGAUAACACGACAUGGCUAGUAGAGCAUUUGCCGGAGUGGCAUACUAAUAUCUACGUCGCUGAUGACCCAGAGGCCCGGUUAACUGUACCUUUGAAUAAAGGGAGAGAAGCGAUGGUGUAUUUAACAUACAUCAUAGACAAUUAUCGCAAUCUUCCAGACUACGUGAUCUUUAUACACGGAUUGCGAUACCAGUGGCAUAACGAUGAUCCCAUAUAUGGCACUUUCACUGAACCAGAUCAAAAGAUGGCGUGCCAGUCCUCCGCAGUCUUCGCCUUCCGGUAUGCGCCUCUCCGGUGCACUUGGGUCCCCGGAUGUCCCGCCGAAAUGCAGCCUCUAAGCCCAACUGAACGGGGUCUGCCGGUGCGCGUAGCUUCUGAACGCGCUUAUGCGUCUGCGUUUAAAGCCCUGUUGCCGAAGGUUCCUGUCCCUAGCGAAGUGGGCGCAACCUGUUCGGCACAGUUUGCAGCCACUCGGGAACGAAUAACUCGGCAUCGCAAAUCGGAUUAUGAGCGGAUGCGGCGAUGGCUCAUCGAAACGGAACUCGAUGACGAGGUUAGUGGUAGGAUCAUGGAAUACUCGUGGCAUAAUAUGUCCUUCCGACAUACGCCGAAAUUCCGGAUGGUUGGCCUAAAAGGGGUGGAGGAGAGAACGGAUGGCCAGUUCCCGGCUGGAACGAGUGAAAGCAUUCCGCAUGGCGCUGGAAUAGUAUCCGACAGCUUUGCGCAUACGCCUGGGAGUACGCGGAUCGGCUGGUUUGCGCGCUCUGCAAACCAACAGAGGGGCGAUGCGUUUGGAAUCUGGCGAUUUUUCCCUGUUCAUGGUAUUGGUGGAAUAGCGCCUGAUUCUAUUUGA